AUGGACACCCGCAAGUCGACGAACCUGCUUGAUGGCUUCCUGUCGUCGCUGUCCAUGAUUCUUGUGAGCGAGAUUGGGGACAAGACCUUCUUCAUCGCGUGUCUCAUGGCGAUGCGUCACCCAAAGCUGACGGUAUACAUUGGCGCGCUCGGUGCUCUCGCUGCAAUGACGGUAUUGUCGGCACUGAUGGGCGUAGUGGUGCCCAACCUGCUCUCUGUACAGGUGACACAGAUGUUGGCGGUGGUGCUCUUUAUGGUGUUCGGCGGAAAGAUUCUUUACGACGAGCUGAUUCGAAGGAAGGCUAAUGACGAAGAGAGCGAGGACGAGAUGUCGGAGGCUGCAGCGGCUUUGCGCCGUCGCGACCCGAACGAUCCAGCCGAGACCGGUAGCGUGGCGUCGUCCACCUACAUGAGCGCGCCGGCUCGUCGCUGGCGCACGCUGCUGAACCCUGUCAUGGUAGAGGCGUUCACGCUAACCUUCGUUGCCGAAUGGGGAGACCGUAGCCAGCUGGCCACCAUUGCGUUGGCCGCCGCGAAGAGCCCGUACGGCGUCACCGUUGGCGGUAUUCUCGGCCACGCCAUCUGCACCGGCGGCGCUGUUCUGUGCGGUAACCUCGUCGCACAACGCGUGUCCAUGAAGACAGUGAACGUUCUUGGUGGCGUGCUCUUCAUCAUCUUCGGUCUUGUAACCUUUUACGAGCUGGCGAAUGGAGAGCAUGAGAUCACCAAGACCCACGAGCUCCCCGAGAAGAUGCAGUAG